ACUAGUGCUGUCCCUGCUCUUUCUCCUCGCUCGGCUCUUUGCUCUGCUGAAGGCUGCGUGGCUCUCGAAAUAAACCGACGUAUAACUUUUUAUAUUGUUUUUUUUGUUUGUUUAGUUUUUCACGUUUAAAUUCAAAAGCUUGCGACGAAUACAAAUGGCUCAACCGGUUCCCAGCAGUGUAGGGCGUGAUACAGGAUACUCGGAAAGCGGAAUCGUUUAAACUGAGCCACAACUUCAAACAAAUCAACGGCGGAACAAGUUGUAACCGAGAUAAAGGAAUCCGGCUUAGCCCUGCUCCUAUCAAGGUUCAAGUCAAGAUGUCUGUCAGUAACCACGAAAACAGAAAGUCUCGCUCUAGUUCUGGCUCCAUGAAUAUCCAACUCUUCCACAAGACGUCCCACGCCGACAGCCUGUUGACUCAACUCAACCUGCUGCGCAAGCGAAAAGUCUUCACGGAUGUUAUCCUGAAGGCCGGAAACCGAUCCUUCCCCUGUCACCGAGCUGUCCUGGCCUCCUGUAGCCGAUACUUCGAGGCCAUGUUCGGUGGCGGGCUCAGGGAGAGUCGUGACGCUGAAGUCAACUUCCAUGACUCUCUCCACCCGGAGGUUCUGGAGCUCUUGCUUGAUUACGCCUACUCGGCCCGAAUCAUAAUCAACGAGGAAAACGCAGAGUCUCUCCUAGAAGCCGGAGACAUGCUUCAGUUCCACGACAUCAGGGACGCAGCGGCAGAGUUUCUAGAGAAGAACCUCCACCAGUCGAACUGUCUGGGGAUGAUGCUGCUGUCAGACGCCCAUCAGUGUCAGAGACUGUACGAGCUGUCGUGGAGGAUGUGCCUGGCAAACUUUGCUACUCUCUUCAAGACAGAAGACUUCCUCAGCCUGCCCAGAGAUAAAGUCAAGGAGCUAAUUCUCAGUGAGGAGCUGGAGGUGGAGGAUGAGAGCCUUGUGUACGAGGCUGUUAUCGACUGGGUUAAGGCAGACAUGGAGCAGAGGCACAGUGAGCUGCCUGAGCUGCUGCGCUGUGUCCGCCUGGCGCUGCUCCCCGAAACAUAUCUACUGAAGAACGUCGCCUCAGAAGAGCUGGUGAUGUGCCAUAAGGAAGGCAGGGAAAUUGUUGAAGAUGCCGUACGGUGUAAGAUGAGGAUACUCCAGAACGACGGUAUUGUAACAGGCUUCUGUGCGCGGCCGAGAAAGGUCAGCCAGGCCCUGCUGCUGCUGGGAGGACAGACUUUCAUGUGUGAUAAAGUCUACGUGAUCGACAACAAGACCAAGGAGAUCACCCCCAAAACAGACAUCCCCAGCCCCAGGAAAGAAUGCAGUGCUUGUGCUAUUGGUUGCAAGGUUUACGUUACCGGAGGUCGCGGUUCUGAGAACGGAGCCUCCAAAGAUGUCUGGGUCUACGACACGUUACAUGAUGAGUGGUCCAAAGCAGCCCCCAUGUUGGUAGCCAGAUUUGGACAUGGUUCUGCGGAGCUCGACCACAUGCUGUAUGUUGUGGGAGGACACACUUCUCUUGCGGGAUCCUUCCCCGCCUCUCCAUCUGUGUCUCUCAAACAGGUGGAACAGUACGACCCUCAGACCAAUAAAUGGACGCUGGUGGCUCCGCUCAGAGAAGGGGUGAGCAACGCUGCUGUUGUUGGUGCCAAAAACAAACUCUUUGCCUUUGGGGGCACCAGUGUCAACAGAGACAAGUAUCCCAAGGUGCAGUGCUUUGACCCUUGCCAGAACCGGUGGUCUGUACCAGCCGCCUGUCCACAGCUGUGGCGAUACACGGCUGCAGCUGUAGUCGGCAACCAUGUCGUAGUGAUCGGCGGCGAUACUGAAUUCUCAGCCAGCUCUGCUUACCGGUUCAACAGCGAGACAUACCAGUGGUCCAAGUUUGGUGACGUGACAGCCAAACGGAUCAGCUGCCACGCAGUGGCGUCAGGAAACAGACUAUAUGUGGUCGGGGGAUACUUUGGAGCUCAGAGGUGUAAGACACUAGACUGUUACGAUCCAUCAUCCGACUCUUGGGACAGCGUGACCAGCGUGCCCUACUCACUCAUUCCCACCGCCUUCGUCAGCACAUGGAAGUACCUCUCAGCAUAGAGGGACGAACUGUCUGAGGUUUCUACGAUCAGCCAUGGUGUCUGGUAUUCAGUCUCCCUUCACUGGCUGCAGAGAGGAGGAGGAGGAGGAGGAGGAAGGGUUUGUGUAUUCCUGCUGUGGCUCCAUCCUAGCCUGAUUCACAUUAUCUUCAUCUGCAAAGGAGUGGAGGCCUGAUUCCUGGAAACAGCCCAGAGACUGAAAGUCUGCGGCCUCUUUGCACCUGAUCUGUUUACUCGUCGUUCUUGUGUAACUUUCCCAUGUCGCCACUAGCCUGAGCUGGACUCGUUGCCAUGUAUACUGCAGGGACCUCACAGUCGUCUCUAUAUAACAUGCAAGCCACAGCCAGGAAGCAGACCGAUAGCAUAGAUGUGUGCUCUGGGCAAAUGCCUCAGAUUUUCUCUUUCCACCUCCUGGGUCAAAUAAGCUACUGUGACUGUGUCGGCCCUGCACUGCUCAACUGACUCACUCCAUCAUCAAAUGUGUAUUAUCUCGCCAGUAGAUUACCAGUUUAACAGACUCUGAAAGGACUUAUUAGUGUCUCUCACUGACAUGUUGUUUUACAGCGAACUUAAAAAGAAAGUCGGCUGUGCUUUGUUGUGGUUCCUCUCCCCUCCUGACACUGGGCGUUUACUCAGGUGUAAUUUAUUUGGAUUGCUGAUAGACUGAAUUAGACCUUUGCUCUGCCAGGCGUAUGGGGAACUAGAGAAGACAUUUGGGGAAGUGUAUGAUUUUGUGCACAGAAACAAUCUUCCUGUCUGUAUUUUUAGACGUUGGACUUGGGCUUCCCUCAAUUUUGGUGAGCUAAAUUUGAAUCUUCCUCCUCAACUUAAAAUACAAGCUCGCAAGAGAGAAUGUGGCCCGUUACGGCUGAAGAAGAUACUUUUCUCGUUUUUUCAAACUAUGAUUUUGUCAUUUUGUUGUUUUGUGUCUCAGGGUUUUGUAUAGUUUUUGCCUGUAUUUGUUCAAGGAAGGGAAACCUUUUUGUUUCAUGUUUUCUGUUCUGAAUACUUUUUUUUUUUUUUUUGUGAAUGUACAAGUUUUGUGAUAAAUAAUUUUACAGAACUGUCUCCUUUAGAAAACAUUCUUACAUUGUGAAAAUGUAUGACUACACUUAAUAGCAGGGGUCAUAUUUAAACACAAUAACACAAAUAUUGCCAAAAUACAAAUAGCUAAUCUUAGUGUUAUUUUGGACUUAAAUAAUGGAAGCUAUGUGUUUCCAAAGUAGUUAACUUUGUAGCUAUAAUAUCUGAGUAUCUUAAAUGGAAGUCUUUUGCGUGUGUAUAGAUUGUAUACUUGCUUUGUAAUUCAUUUGUAGAAGCCUUUGAUUUGCACAAUUUGUACAAAGAAAUCUCUUAAUGGUCUUAAUUUUUGUAUCUUUAUCUUAACCCAGCUUGGGUAGUGUGAAUAAUCAAAGCCUUUUUGUAGCACAUAAUUCUGUUAUUUCUCUCUCAACAAUCAUUUCAUUUGUGUACCGUUUUCCAAUAAGUCAAAUAUACUGGUAUGUGAAGCUGUUACUGACACACCAUCUGUUACUUCAUGUUCUACAGCUCAGAACUUGUCAAUAAAUGUCAUCUUGUUGGGAACAUA